AUGGCGGCUCCGCAGCGAAGAUCGAAGAUCGGCCGCUAUAAGCUUGUCCGACGAAAACGUCUCGGGACAGCCAGGGUGAUCUGGGCAUUGACGCAUAACACCAGCGCUCCCCGACUCGCCCCCAAACCCAGACUCGCUGUCAGGCACGGUGUCAGAUUUCCGAAAGUUUAUACCCACGUCGUUGCCAUUCCGGCCACUCAAGGAAAUCGCCCGGUGACGGGGCCUGUGACGAUGGCGAAGAAGAUUCACGGGCUCAAGAUGAUGUGCAAGGUCGACAAGCUCGUCGCUGGUUUGAGCACUGCGAGUAGAGAUCCUGAGGUCGAGCUCAAGGAGGCCAUUCAGCUAGCUUUUGAAAUCCAACCUCCUUCUUCUGUACAAGAGAUCGUGAAGACGCGCCUCCAGUGGCUGCUGAUUGUCAAGUUCACCGAUCUCGUUUCUGACCUGCCCUACCCCGUCUCGGCGUGGAACUCCAACGUCGAAGGCCAAUCGAGACACCCGGUCCUCCUCCAAGUCUGUCGCGAGUCCCGUGCCGAAGGCCGCCGCUACUACACCUCGUGCAGCGACAAGAGCCGACGAUGGGCAGCAGGCAGCGCAAGCGGCGCCGUGAGGAACACCUACCACAUCAACUUCGCCACCGACGUCUUCGAGCACGGCUCGAGCCGGUUCGCCGUCGACGAGUGGGUGCCCUCGAGCUGCAACUUCAACUUCCCGCGCUGGGUCAUCGGCCGCAUCCAACACGUCCGCCAGCUCCCCUGCUACCAGGCCGGGUUCGCCGAGACGCGGGACAUCCGCCGCCACACCUUCCUCGCCGUGCUGCGCUACCGGGUCCGCGGCUGGGACGGCCUGCGGGACGUCACGAUCCGCAUGGACGACUUCUGCCGGGCGUGGGACCAGGAGACUCUCACCUUUGCCCUGGCGCGGACGGGCUACGAGGAGCGCGCCCGGCAGCAGAUCGGCCGGGACAACUACACGGAUCCCGGCCCGGACGACAGUCUGCGUCUUCGCGACGUGCACUUCGACAUCCGCUUCGAGUGGAAGUAUAUCCACGGGGGGGAGGAGCUCGACCCCGUGCCGUGCAAGCCGUUCAAGGCCGUUCCGUGUACCCCGUGGAUGCUGGACGCGAUCCAUAACCCUUGCCGGAAGCAGGUGCAAGAGCUGCGAAGCUUGCAUCAGGGCAGCUUCUGA